AUGCCUCCACAAGCAAAUUCUGAGGAUGAAUUUGAACCUCAGAUCGGUCCGGUGCUGCCCUCGGGAGUCUCAGUGCAAAGAGAAAUGGAUCAAAAUCAAGACGAGUUUGGCCCGUCCGCUUUGCCUGAGGAGCUUGGCGUUGGUCCCCUACCUAUGACUAACAUUGAUGAAGAAAAGCAAGCAUUGGAUUAUGUUAGAAGAAGAAUCGAAAUGGAGUCAAAGGAGGCAGAGGUUUUCAAUUUGUUCCUAUUUUCUCGCUAG